AUGGGUUUAUUCCUCAUCAAGAUGUUGCACUCAUGCGCUGCAGCGGUGGCUGAGGGGGAGACGGAGCUACUGAACAUCGGGUUGAAGUGGAUAUCCUGCAACGUGUCAGACGACGGUGACGAGCCCGUACAGCGUCUGGUGUCCUUGUUCGCCGACGCGCUCGCGCGGCGCGUGGUCCACCCGUGGCUGCAGCACAGGAUCACCGCCCCGGCCCAUGAGGCCGCUGCCGCACGCCGCCACUUCGCCGCGAUGUGCCCGUUCCUCCGUAUCUCUGGCGUCGUGGCCAACCACGCCAAGUUCGUCGAUGCAAUUCGUGUCAGAAGCGGCAAGGUGUUGGUCAUUGUCUCCACCCUGCAGCUCCACCGUUUGCUCGCCGACGAAAUCACGGAAAUGUCAUCUCCUCAUCAGUAUAGGAAAGGGAAGAAAAUACAGGCGCAUGGAGCUCAGCAGCACACGAUGACGAGGGCAGACACGCUCCUGCGAGCCCUUCACCAGCUCUCGCCGAAGCUGGUGGUGGUGAAGAAGCAGGGGGCCUACCACAAUAGCGCGGACUUCAAGGAACGGUUCCGGAACGCGCUGGUCUACUACAGGGCCCUAUUCGACGCUCUGGAGGAGAGCGUGCAUGCGCGAGGGUCCGCGGAAGAGCAGGCGUGCGUGCAGCGACACCUGCUCCGGUUGGAGAUCAUGGACAUCAUCUCCCAUGAUGGUGCGCUGCGGCGUGACCGCCACGAGAAGGUGGAGCGGUGGGCAGCGCGGAUGAACACUGCUGGGUUCGCACCCGCCGCGGCGAUGAGACAAGACGUGGUGGCGCAGGUGACGAUGUUGGCACAGGAGCUGCUACCGAGUGGGGCGUACAGGGUUUCCAGGGUAAAUGACGGGCGCCUCUUCAUCUGCCGCAACGCCAUCCCCAUGUUCUCCAUCUCUACUUGGCACGGGAUUGGAUAA